AUGGCGCCCUACAAGUCCUCCGCCGGCGUCGACGUUGCCUUUGCCGACUUCGUCUCGGAAUACUACCGCACCUCGGAAGACAAAGCCGCCACCACCACCUUCACAAACUUCUGGCCCGCGGACGGGAAGAUGAUCCUCGCGGGGCGGACCUUUGAGGGGUCCACGGCCAUGCUGAGCGUAAAGCAGUCGCUUCUCCCGCCGACCGGGAAUAAGUCGUGGUGGCAUCUGAUCCGCGGGGCGACGGUGGGCGGGGAGACGGAGACGGAUAAGACUUUUGUGGCGGAGAUUGUGGUGCAGACGACGUAUGUUGGGUUAAACUGUUCUCAGGCGUAUGGGAGCGCGGCGUUUACUGUCCUCAAGGAUGCUCAGGGUACCCCUAGAUUGGAGCCGCAUUCGGAGAGCUUGAGCGUCUAUAACCUCACCGUCUCGACGACGGAUUCGCCCACGGAUAUCCCGUGCAGCAAUUCUUGA